AUGUUAUCAAAGACUUCUGUUCACAGCAAAAUCUUGAAGCUAAGAAGCCUCGCUAAAGCGUCUGCAACGGCAAGAGCAAUGAGCACCUCUGUAGCCCAGCCUAAGGUCAUCACUGAGUACCUUAGUGAUGAGGUAUUUGAGUUUGUGAUGAAUAAUCCAAGGAAACAUAACGCUAUUGAUCUUGACAUGUACGAUAUGCUAUGGCAACAACUCAGGAAGUGGGAAAACCAAGAGCAGCCAACCCCGAAGGUCAUUUUCGUCAAAGGAGCGGGAGGUCAAGCGUUUGCUUGUGGAGGAGAUGUAGUUAGUAUCUAUGAAGGCUCUUUAGUAGGGCAGCAUGCACCAAUUCUUACAGAGUUCUUCUACAAAGAAUAUAUUUUGGACUAUGCUCUUACACAAAUGAAGCCUAUACAGAUCUCUGUCUGGAAUGGUAUUGUUAUGGGAGGAGGCGUUGGAAUCUCCUCACUUUCUCCAAUCAGGAUAGCCACUGAAAAGACCAUCUAUGCUAUGCCUGAGACAGCUAUAGGGUUCUUUACCGAUGUUGGAGGGAGUUAUUUCCUGUCAAGGCUUAAUAAUAACAUUAGUCUUGGUCUUUUCCUUGGCAUCACUGGCCAUAGGCUCAAAGCUAAAGAUCUUCUCAAGUGGGGAGUUGCCACAAACUACGUUGAGACUUCUAACCUUCCUUCUUUGUAUGAGGAUGUGGUCAAACACACUACUCAAGAUACUAGUUUGGAACAAAUUAAGGAAAUAGUUGAUAGAUAUUCAGACAAUGAUGUCAGCGAAUUAACCAUUCCAGAGGAAACUAUUAACUAUUGUUUUGCUCCAAAGCCUAUCCAUACCAUUGUACAGAGACUCACAGAGGUAGUGCAAGGAGAGGUAGAGGGACUAGACUCAGACUUUGCCUCCUAUUGGCUUGAAGCUAUUCGAAAAUUCUCUCCAAUUAGUUGAGGUGUAGUCACAGAGCAAAUCCUAAGAGGCCAGCAUAUGAAUCUAGAAGAUGUAUUUAAAAUGGAAUACAGCUUAGCUCGGAGAUUUGCACAACACGGAGAGUUUUUUGAAGGAGUCAGAGCUCUGCUUGUUGACAAAGAUCAAAAUCCAAAAUGGGCUCAUUCAUGCAUUGAAGAAGUAACUCAAGAAGAAAUUGAUGCUUUCUUUGAAAGAUAUGAAGACCUACCUACAGAUUUACCAAAGCUCUACAGAGACGACAUCCAAUUUAACGAAAGCGAUUUUCAAUAA